CAACAUUCCAAGAGCUGAAAAAUGGUGGAUCGAUUGGUGCAAUCGGAGGCCAACGGUCGACGUAUAGCAUAUGUGGAGCAGUGUUUUGGUGCUUCAGGACAGCCACUGAAUGUCCCAGGUCGAGCAUUAGUGGGAGAGGGAGUCUUAACCAAAAUGUGCAGAAAGAAACCCAAACCUCGACAGUUCUUCCUGUUUAACGACAUUCUAGUAUACGGCAACAUUGUGAUCAACCGUAAAAAGUAUAAUCAGCAACAUGUGAUAUCAUUAGAAGAUGUAAAAUUAGAAGAUGUUCAAGAUGAAGGAAGUCCUUUUUACACAAAAGAUGGUAAACCAGCUUUACGGAAUGGCUGGAAAUUAAUAAGUCCUAGCAAGUCUUUUGUUGUGUAUGCAGCUACAUCUACAGAGAAACAUCAAUGGAUGUCUCAUAUCAAAAAGUGUGUGGAUGAUCUCCUUAUAAAACAGGGCAAAACCCAGAACACAGAAAAUGAUUCCCCUGUGUGGGUUCCUGAUUCUGAGGCCACUCUAUGCAUGCAUUGUAAAAAGUCCCAGUUUACACUGAUAAACAGACGGCAUCAUUGUAGGAAGUGUGGUAUUGUAGUGUGUAAGGACUGUUCCAGUAAUAAAUGGCUCCUACCACAGCAGUCCUCCAAACCAUUACGUGUGUGUCUGACUUGUUAUCAAACCUUGUCUGACACUAAACUAGCAGUACCACCUCAGAAUACUCAUGCUAUAGACGAUUCUUCCGGUGAUUCCUCAUCUGAUGACGACGAAGAACCGUCCAACCAGGAAGUCAAUGAGGAGAACAAACUUAUUCCAGAGGGACAGUUCAAGUCUUAUGACUAAGGGCAGACAAUUCAGAGCACACAGAGAAGAACAAACAUAAAUGUUGACCACUAAUGCUACAGGGAAUGAUAGAUUGUUGUGGCUUAUACAGUUUAUUGCAGCACAAUACAUAUAAUUCAUCGACAUCUCAUACUUAUUCAGUCGUAGCCUUCAAAAAUGUCUAUUCAUGCCAUUUUGUAUCUGUGAUGUAUUUUUACUUUGUCAUGGUAACUUAUGGUGGUAUGUAUAUAAAUAAUUAGAAAUGUUUAAUUCCCAUACAUUGAGAUCAAUUCUAUUGUUAUUUCUGGAAUGAAAUGUGUAUUCCUAUCUCCUUGUACUUAAUUUCCAAGAAGUCUGUACUUAAAAACCAAACUGUACAGUAUUGUGUAGAGGUAGUUCCUAAUACUACAUGGAGCAGUGUACAGAAAUAGACCACCGUAUUGUAUUAUCAGUGCUGCUACUCAAUCUUUGUGAUCUCACAGGUAUCCCCAGAUAUAUUUCAAAGUUUUAAUCAACUUCCUUUCUGAAAUGAAGAUUUUUAUAAUUUAAUAUGCACAAGAAAGAUAUGAAUUAUUCAACAUGAUUGGAUAACAACUGGUGAGAAUUAUGUAUUCAGUAUUGAUAUAUACAGUCAAACCUCAUUAUCUCAACACCAGAAGACCAAGAUUAAACUUUCAGAUAUCUGAGUAUUCAAGAUAAUGGGGGUACAAAAAAUAAAGAAAACAUGCUUUGAACUGCCAAAUCACUUUGAGAUAUCCCAGGUAUUCGAGAUAUCAGUGUUCGAGAUAAUGAAGUUCAACUGUACUUUAACACGUACAUGUAUUUGUAACAAAAUUAAAAUAAAAUGUAUUUAUAAUGGCACAGAGAAUGGAUUCUGCAAUUAGAGCAUUCUGAAGUAUUAUUCUUGGUGUGUGUAUUUUUCUGACUCAGGAUAAAGGUGUUGAUAUUAUACUGGAGAGGUGAUAAAUGUCGUAGGAAGUAUCCAUCUUUUUCAGUGGUAUAAUGGUCAUAAUCUAUUGUAUUCUUUUAUGUACCUGUCAAUAAUUCAUGCCUCAUUCAAAAAUAUGUGGAACAUUUCUGUGUGCUUUCUGUAUUGCAGAGACUUGGUAACUUUUUGCUAAGAGCCAUUGUCUCAUUUUGGAACUUUGUGGGGGUUGCACUAGCUAUUUGGAUAGAAGCAUUCCUGUGUAAAUUGUCAUAAGUAUAUUGUGCCCCCUUGGUGCCCCUUACUUUAAGAGGGGCUUUCUUACAAAUGCUGGUCAUUGUAAUUCCAUAAGUUCACAUUUGUAACUAAUCAUUCCAAUUAAAUACAGCUUAAUUAGCAUGCUGCAUGUUAUCAUGAUGUUUACAAGAUGAAGUAGCAAUAGGGUGUCUUAUAGAACUUGAAUCAAUUUCACAUUUUGAAAAUUAAGUGUUAGGAAUUAGAAAUGGGAUUUUGGAGAGUAUUUUGAAAAAUUAAAAAUGAAGAAAUAUUGAUAAAAUGUUGAAUGUCCAAAAUAAGUAUAUUUUUCAUCAAAUUUAUGGUUGUCAUGAAUUUUGGUAAUUCUUGUAAAAUAUGUAAAGAAAUAUCUCUUGAUAAUAUUUUUGUACCAAUAAAAAAUGAAUAUAAAGUUGUUUAAUAUGUAUGCAAAGCAUUUUUAUUCACUUAAUUUGUAUAUACAUGUAUAAAAAAAAUAAAAUGAAUGUGUACAGAUAA